AUGUCACUGAACAGAACAGCACCCUUAACUGGCCUCAGGAUUAUUGGCAAAACAUCUGCUAAUCGGUUAAUAAAUCAUGAUGUUCUUAAUAAUUCCUUUGUGUUUGGGACCCAGAGGUCAUGGGACAAAUAUAGUGCUAGCAAAAUGUCAGGUCUGAAUGGCCCAAGUAAUGUUACCCAAGGUGAUCCCCUGUCAAGCAGCUCAUCACCACAGGAGACCACAGUUAACACAGGUGAAACAAACCCAAUCUACCUGUCUGUCAUGAUAUUGGCAGCUUUAUUCUCUGCAAUGGUCAGUCUUUUCUUCCUUGUCAUCUUCAAACAAUGUCCAAAGAUCCGGCAGAAGGCACGCUUUAUCCUGCUAGCCUGUAUCACCAUCAGCCAGUCCAUAUACUUCAGCACCCUUGCCAUGAUUUCUGCAUUGGGUGUCUUUCGAUGGAACAUCCCUUAUUGGGCCUGCUCUCUCCUGCGACUCGUGUCCAACUCUAGUGGUGGGUCAGAGCUUUACAGUAUUGCUGCCAUGUGCAUUGACCGUUAUGUUGCUGUCUGCCGACCCCUCUUCUAUGACAGCAUCUGCUGCAGUGAGAACUUUUACAAAGCUGUCCUCUUCAUCUUCACUGUCCCUGCAGUGUUUCCUUUCCUGCUGUUUAUAUUUCAGUGUACCAUGGCGGGUGCUGAGGAGGUGCGUGUAACAUUGCACAGCUGCAGUUUUGACCAGCUGGAGUUGUUUGCAUGGAUAUCUGCUAUGAGACUGACUCUUUUCUCCUUGCAAUUUAUUGCUUGCUUUUUUGUUAUUUCUGCAACAUACUUCUUGGUGGUGAAGGAAGGCAUGCGUGCUGGUGUGAUCAGCCCCCUCAACCUUCGUGCUCGCAGGACGAUCACUUUCCACAUGUUCCAGCUGACUCUGUAUGCCCUGCCAGUAGUGAUCUUUGUAGUCUACCAUUCUCUGAACUCAGAAAAGAAGCUCAGUCCUACUGUUGGUGCCAACAUGUACACUGCAAACACUGUUGUUUUUACUGUUGCCCAGGCAAUCAACCCAGUGAUUUAUGGCUUCAGAGCAGCUGAUGUUAAACCUUUCUUACCAAAGAUCUUAGGUGGGGGAAAUCAAGUCAGUAGUCAGAAUUGCUAA